CUGCCCGCCUCAGUGACGCUGCGUCGGAGCCGCACUGUUUGUAUCGCCGGAGUGAAAGGGGAGCUGGAAGUGGAGUCUGAGGGGGUUCAUUUAUUCAGUUUAGCACGUCAAACACGGUAGACAUGGCCCAGGAUAAAUAGUGGAAGAGUCGCAGUUUUCUAUGGCGGUGUUGUGUUCAGUGUCCGGUGUGCUGUAAAGUCGUGCCAGCUUGUCCGUUUCGCAGGUGCUGUGCGUUUUGACAGAGCUGCAGUAGUGUUCGUGUAGGGACCGUGUUAGCUGAUUACACGCUGGCCGAGGCCCCUGCAAUCAGAUAUGGGAAUCCUGUUCACCAAACUGUGGAGGCUGUUUAACCAUCAAGAGCACAAAGUCAUUAUCGUGGGUUUGGAUAAUGCUGGGAAGACGACAAUUCUCUAUCAGUUUUCAAUGAAUGAAGUGGUGCACACGUCCCCGACCAUAGGCAGUAAUGUUGAAGAGAUUGUAGUCAAUAAUACACAUUUCCUAAUGUGGGACAUUGGAGGCCAGGAGUCUCUUAGAUCCUCUUGGAAUACCUACUAUACAAACACAGAGUUUGUAAUUGUUGUCGUGGACAGCACAGACAGAGAGAGGAUUUCCGUAACAAGAGACGAACUCUACAGAAUGUUAGCACAUGAGGAUCUUAAAAAAGCAGGGUUGCUGAUAUUUGCAAACAAACAGGAUGUCAAAGGCUGCAUGUCAGUAGCUGAAAUCUCCCAGUACCUGAAGCUGACCUCUGUUAAGGAUCACCAGUGGCACAUUCAGGCUUGUUGUGCCCUUACUGGAGAAGGGCUUUGUCAAGGACUGGAAUGGAUGAUGUCUAGACUUCGAGUCAGAUGACGUUGGCCGACCCCGUAGAUGGAUGAUUUCCUCUCAUUGAAUGAACCUCUGUUGCCUGCCUUUCUGUGAAGGCUUCAGUGAACCCCAGUGGGUCUGACGGUUAUUUAUUAUACUGACUAAAUGAACGUGCCCCUCUUCAGAACCGUGAACGAAAAACUUUAACAGAACAAGACACGUUCUUUUCAACUUGUUUUGUUUCUCUCCUUCCAAAGAUGGAAAUGAACACUAGGACUGUGUAAACUGUGUAUCCCAAUUUAAUUCAGCUCAGGGUAGAUCUAGCAUUUGGUAAGUAUUGGAGAAGAACAGUAAUUAUUGCUCUGUCUUUACAGUAUUUAGCAUUACUCUGUGCCUGCCUCAUAACCCUUCAAAGAUACCGAAAGAAGCUGGUCUUGUAAAAUAUCAUUAAAUUAAGCCCUUUUACCUAUCAAAGAUGUGCAGACAGUUCUGUGAGACCAAGGGAGUGAACAUAAUGUAACUGAACAAUGGUCAGUAUACUCUACUGUGGCAUCCAACCACAAGAUUUUGUAUGUAUUUUUAAGAACUGUAUUAUACUGUACUCUGUAUUCUUUGAGUUCAGAGGAGCGGGAGAAUAAGUAUUGUGACCUGGACUCUCAAUCUUAAGUUGUAUUUGUUGUAUUUUUCUUUUUCUUUUUUUUUUAUGUAAUGCUAUGUUGUCCCUGUUUUGUUGUCAGUAAUAACUCCUGAGUAUUGCCAUGUGUAACAUGCAGCGUCAAAAGUAAAUAGGCCUUGCUUUUUUGAAUGACCAGCAUUGUAAUUAAAGAGUUGUCUUCCUCUUUUUUGGGGGUCCGUUCCAGGAUCGAAGUCACUAACUUGGAAGGUAUUUCUGCUUUUCAAAGCCUGAUGACCUUUGUUUUCUUUGCGUACCUGCUUGUAUUGUGUUCUGUCACAAGAACCUGGAAUGACAGCGAACAGUCUGCGGGUGGGCAGACUUAUCCCCAGCAAUGUGUACUGUACAUUGAUACAUGGUUUACAUGUGGAGCUUUUACAUCUGUUGUGAUUAAACUUUAAAACCAAAUCCUUUACAAGUGUUCCAGUAAUUUGGUCUGUAGCGCUACAUUGUCAGCGUUCGUUAGGCUGGACAUUGUUAAAUGUUGUUAAUAUGAAGAAAUGCACAAAGUUGGUUAUUUUUUUAAAUGCAACUGUUUCUUUUUUUGUGGCUGUUGACUGUUGCUUAAAAUCAACUGCAGAGGGAGGGUUACAAAAAAGCCCUUUCCGAAAACCAGGGACAGUCUUUAAAUUGACUCUUCAAAGCAGGAUUCAAGAUGAGACUAUCUUGACUAAUAGAGUAAUGUGACGGCUAUAGUGGCGAGAGCUGUUAACGUUAGUCAUAUUUUGAUUAAACUUUUUAUGGACAGAACAAAUUCAGAAUCUAUUAUGUUACUUGAGCUAACUUUGCAUAAUGUCUGGCCUGUGGUACAGUAGGCUGGGCAGAUGAAGGCUUUAUCUUCAGAAAUGCUCAUUUGUUACAGGAAGUUAUUCCACAUUCUGUGAAUGUAGGUCUUUGUGUAACUUCCAUUGAUAAUGGUUUUUCACAUUACUGAUGCCUAAUUGGCUAAGCUAUUGAAUGCUAAAUAUGUCUAUAUAUAUAUAUAUAUAUAUAUAUAUAUAUAUAUUAAAUUAUGUAUGUAUGUGAAUUGAUUGUAUAAUUUGGAUCACCCUGUGCAUGAUUUGUUUGUUGUGAGAUUCAGUUCCACAUAUGGUGGAUGUAUAUUUUAUGUGAUUUCCCUGUGUAGCAAAAAUUAACUAAAUCAAAGAGUUUAAUUUGUGUAGACAUGCAUUAAAACAAAUGAAAAGUU